UCCAGCUGUGAGGAACGGAGUCUUUAUUACACAUCACACGUUCUGUAUUCUCUCUGAUUCACAAAGGAUGGACAAGGACAGGAGUCACAGGACUGAGAGGAUAAUAAAUAUCACCCUGGAGAUCAUCUACCUGCUGACUGGGGAGGAUUACACAGUAGUGAAGAAGUCAUCCAAUGAGUGUGAGAAACUCAGCAGCCAUCCCCGUGUGUCAGGAGGACUGAGUAGAACCCAGAGCCCCAUCCCAGUGCCUCCACCUCACUUACUGACACAUGAGAGACACAAUGACCAAAAGAUCCUGGAACUCACCAACAAGAUCAUUCAGCUGCUGACUGGAGAGGAGGGGGAGUAUAUAGAGGAACACAGGGGUCUGUACAAGGCGAUGAUGAUGGAGAAUCUCCGGCCUCUCACAUCACUGGAAGGAUCCAGUAACAGAGAUCCCCCAGAGAGAUGUCCCCGUCCUCUGUAUUCCCAGGAUUGUACAGAGGAGAAUCACAGGAUCCCACAGGAGGAUCAGGGUGAAGCACAAUUAAAUAAUAUUAAAAUCAAAGAUACAGAGGUAGAAGAAGAGACGUAUGUGACUGAUAUGAAGGCAGAAGAUAUAGAGGGAGAAGAAGAGACGUAUGUGACUGAUAUAAAGGCAGAAGAUAUAGAUGGAGAAGAAGAGACGUAUGUGACUGAUAUAAAGGCAGAAGAUACAGAGGGAGAAGAAGAGACGUAUGUGACUGAUAUGAAGGCAGAAAAUAUAGAGGGAGAAGAAGAGACGUAUGUGACUGAUAUAAAGGCAGAAGAUAUAGAGGGAGAAGAAGAGACGUAUGUGAGAGGUGAUCAGCAGUGUAAGGAGGAGGAGAUCCCUACAGAUAUCAGCACAGCAGAUGGACACACAAGCAGGAAUAUCUCAGAAGGACGUCUAAUGUUAUCCCCGGAUUGUGACAUAAAAGAUGACAGUAGACAGGAUUCUCCAGGAAAUAAUCCCAUUACCCCAAUUAUACAUCCAGCUCUAUCAUCUGAUCCCCCUGAUCCUGGGAAAUGUUCUCCUGAUCACUCUGAUAUUGGAGCAUUUGUUACAGCUCUGAGAGUAGAUACAGUGUUUCCCUGUUCUAUAGAUGCCAAAUGUUUUACACAGAACACAAAGCUUAUUACCCAUCAGCCAGCUAAGGCAGCUGAGAGGCAAUUUCCAUGUUCUGAGUGUGGAAAAUGUUUUACAUAUAAAUCAUAUCUUGUUAGACAUCAGAGACGUCACACAGGUGAGAGGCCAUUUCCAUGUUCUGAGUGUGGAAAAUGUUUUACAUACAAAUCAGCUCUUGUUAGACAUCAGAGAAGUCACACAGGUGAGAGGCCAUUUCCAUGUUCUGACUGUGGAAAAUGUUUUGCACGGAAAUCACAUCUUGUUACACAUCAGCAAAGUCACACAGGUGAGAAGCCAUUUCCAUGUUCUGAGUGUGGGAAAUGUUUUGGUCGGAAAUCACAACUUGUUAUACAUCAGAGAACUCACACAGGUGAGGGGCCAUUUCCAUGUUCUGACUGUGGAAAAUGUUUUACUUGGAAAUCAUGUCUUGUUAGACAUCAGCAAAGUCACACAGGUGAGAAGCCAUUUCCAUGUUCUGAGUGUGGGAAAUGUUUUGGCCGGAAAUCACAACUUGUUAUACAUCAGAGAACUCACACAGGUGAGAGGCUAUUUCCAUGUUCUGACUGUGGAAAAUGUUUUACUUGGAGAUCAAGUCUUGUUACACAUCAGCAAAGUCACACAGGUGAGAAGCCAUUUCCAUGUUCUGAGUGUGGGAAAUGUUUUGCCCGGAAAUCACAUCUUGUUAUACAUCAGAGAAGUCACACAGGGGAGAAGCCAUUUCUAUGUUCUGAGUGUGGGAAAUGUUUUGCAGUCAAACCAGAGCUUGUUAGACAUCAGAGAAGUCACACAGGUGAGAAGCCGUUUCCAUGUUCUGAGUGUGGGAAAUGUUUUGCAGACAAACCAGGGCUUGUUGGACAUCAGAGAAGUCACACAGGUGAGAAGCCAUUUUCUUGCUCUGAGUGUGAGAAAUGUUUUUCACGGAAAUCACAUCUUGUUGAUCAUCAGCGAAGUCACACAGGUGAGAAGCCAUUUCCAUGUCCUGAGUGUGGGAAAUGUUUUGCAGACAAAUUACAUCUUGUUAGCCAUCAGAGAAGUCACACAGGUGAGAAGCCAUUUUCUUGCUCUGAGUGUGAGAAAUGUUUUGCCCAGAAAUCACAACUUGUUAGACAUCAGCUAAGUCACACAGGUGAGAGGCCAUUUCCAUGUUCUGAGUGUGGGAAAUGUUUUGCCCUGAAAUCAGAUCUUGUUAAACAUCAGAGAAGUCACACAGGUGAGAAGCCAUAUUCUUGCUCUGAGUGUGGGAAAUGUUUUACACAGAACUCAUAUCUUGUUAUACAUCACAGAAGUCACACAGGUGAGAAGCCAUUUCCAUGUUCUGAGUGUGGGAAAUGUUUUGGCCGGAAAUCACAACUUGUUAUACAUCAGAGAACUCACACAGGUGAGAGGCUAUUUCCAUGUUCUGACUGUGGGAAAUGUUUUAGACAGAAAUCACAUCUUGUUACACACCAGAGAAAUCACACAGGUGAGAAGCCAUUUUAAUCUUCUGGAGUAUACUUAUUAUUGCCAUGCGUUGUUCUUCAAGGUUCUUAUCCUAUGUCCUGUGCUUUUUGCAAUAUACAUGCAACCACUGGGUGAAAUAAUCAGCUGUCAUGCCCUCAUCUACCACUGCCUACAGAUGGUCUGUCUUUUGUUCUGGGUACUGAGAACCCAGUACCAAUCCUAAAUGUCUAGCUGAGCUCCAGGUGUGGGUGUUGCCAGCGGGCUGUGACUUAAUCCAGGUGAAACAGGUCCUUAUGCUAGCUCACCAACAAAGGACAGGGCUACAGCUCAGCUUUGUUACCAACCAGACUUACGCUUGGGGGUUCAGGUUUACAUAAUGCUGAUCCUGUGCAGAAUCUUGGUGUCCUGGAUGGUAGAGUGACACUUAGACAUCAGGUAUCUGCCACAAUCAGAUCCUCAUCUGAGGAACAUAGUCAGACUCCAGCACUUAUUUCCCUCAGAAGAUCUACCUACAGUCAUACAUGCACUUUUAUCAUCACACAUAGACUACUGCAAUGUCCUCUACCUGGGUCUCCCAGCAAAAGAAUUGCACCGCUUGUAGCUUGUAGAGAAUGCAGCAGCCAGGCUGUUACCUAACCAGCCCGUUCCUGCCACAUAACACCCAUUCUCUACUCCCUUCACCGGCUGCCUGUAAGAUGGUGACUCUGGGCCUAAUUCAGGUUGGACUACAGUGUGUGAUCCAAACGGAAUUAUUGAGAAAAACUUGCGGACGCAUGCGCAGCGCCCGUCCUGCGUAUGCACCUGCAUUCUCUACAGGGGGCUGUAGGAAAUGUGAUUGCUUCUUGUUAAACAGGCAGAGGCGGUCACGGGGUGGGGGGUAAAGCUCCAUUUCCAGUGAGAAGAUGGAGCGUUACAAGUGCGGUGUUGCGAGAAAGGGAGGCGGACAAACGGUCAUGUUCACUGUGGCUGCAUGGCAUCACACGCAGCCAUCGCAAUCUAGAAGAACGCGGUGGGGAUCCUGCAGGCACAGCUAAGCUGGCAGGAUGCUUCACUAGUUUCUAAGAUGAAGCAGAAAUUGUGGAGCGAUCGCAAUUUCUGCUUCAUAAAGGGGGGAGGCGCCGGUCAGCAUACUAGGCUGCCUCGCCCUGCGAUGGGCGGCCCCCAGCACGCUAGAAAAAGGAUUGCUAAUUAGCAGCAUCUGCUAUCCUUACUGACUUACUGUAGGCCCCUAUUACAUAAUCUUACUGACUCUCCCAGCCCUACAUGACCAGGGUCAAUGUACCAGAAGCAGCUUCUGCCUCCUUACUGACUUACUGUAGGCCCCUAUUACACAAUCUUACUGACUCUCCCAGCCCUACAUGACCAGGAUCCAUUUACCAGAAGCAGCUUCUGCCUCCUUACUGACUUACUGUAGGCCCCUAUUACACAAUCUUACUGACUCUCCCAGCCCUACAUGACCAGGGUCCAUGUACCAGAAGCAGCUUCUGCCUCCUUACUGACUUACUGUAGGCCCCUAUUACAUAAUCUUACUGACUCUCCCAGCCCUACAUGACCAGGGUCCAUGUGCCAGAAGCAGCUUCUGCCUCCUUACUGACUUACUGUAGGCCCCUAUUACACAAUCUUACUGACUCUUCCAGCCCUACAUGACCAGGGUCCAUGUACCAGAAGCAGCUUCUGCCUCCUUACUGACUUACUGUAGGCCCCUAUUACACAAUCUUACUGAAUCUCCCAGCCCUACAUGACCAGGGUCCAUGUACCAGAAGCAGCUUCUGCCUCCUUACUGACUUACUGUAGGCCCCUAUUACACAAUCUUACUGACUCUCCCAGCC